AAAAACCAAAACGGGAAAUUUAAAAAUUAAAUUAAAAUUACAAAGAAAAAGAAAGAAGCUGAAACCCAACCCCAAACCCAGACCGUACACUACAGUCCUAGAGAGGGUGUGUGAGUGUGCGCGAGCCAGUGGGGGGGAGAGAGAGAGGAGGAAAGAAAGAGCAGAGACUCCGUUCGCAUCUCCGUCACUUGGAUUUGCGACGCAGCCGAGCAAGGAACAACAGCGUCUCCGAUUUCUCAGAACAUUCUAGACCACUGUGAAGUUCUUGUGCAGUACCUUUUCGGGCCUGUAAAUUCUGCGAGUUGUACAGGAUCCUCAGUAAAAUCAUUUCCAUGGAGUUGUACGGUCGGAACCCGGGCAGGAAUGGGUCGCAACCGGGUAAUCCAUCUGAAUGGCACCCAUCAGGCGGCGAAACUGGGCUUGAAGAAUCCAUGUGGCACUUAACCAUGAGGGGCAGCGAAUCUUACCCGGAGCGACCCGGUGCACCCAAUUGUGUGUAUUACAUGCGAACUGGGUUCUGUGGAUACGGUAGCAGGUGCCGUUACAAUCAUCCCCGUGAUCGUGCCGCGGUAGCAGCUGCUGUUAGAGCUACAGGGGAGUACCCAGAACGAGUGGGGGAACCUUCAUGUCAGUAUUAUUUAAAAACGGGGACCUGCAAAUUCGGUGCAUCCUGUAAAUUUCACCAUCCAAAACACGGAGGUGGAUCAUUAAGUCAAGCUCCACUAAAUAUUCAUGGAUACCCGUUACGCCCGGGUGAGAAAGAAUGCUCCUACUAUUUGAAAACGGGGCAGUGCAAAUUUGGCAUGACCUGUAAAUUCCAUCAUCCUCAUCCUGCUGGUGCAUCAAUGCCAGCAUCUGCACCUCAGUUUUAUCAACAGGUGCAGUCUCCUACAGUCCCUCUAGCUGAACAGUAUGGGGGGGCAUCCAACAGUUUGAGAGUAGCUAGGCCUUCAAUGUUGCCUGGUUCAUAUGUGCAAGGGGCUUAUGGUCCUGUCCUUCUUUCUCCAGGGGUUGUUCCCUUUGCAGGAUGGAGUCAUUAUACGGCACCUUUGAGUCCUGUGUUAUCUCCUGGUGCUCAAUCUGCUGUUGGGGCUACUUCUCUGUAUGGAGUGACCCAGUUGUCUUCAACAACAUCAGCUUUUGCUAGACCGUAUGCUCCUCUUCCAUCUACUACUGGCCUUUCAGGUGGUAGCCUGAAGGAACAAAUAUUUCCUGAAAGGCCUGGUGAACCUGAAUGCCAAUACUAUCUAAGAACAGGGGACUGCAAAUAUGGAUUUGCAUGUCGAUAUCAUCAUCCUAGGGACCGGACUGUGACUCGGCCACUUCUCAGUCCCAUUGGCCUUCCUUUACGUCCGGAAUAACAAUUAAGACUGAUAGACCUUGAAUAGACACAAAAGAUCCAUUGAAUCUGAAAAGCGAGCAUUGGAUUAGGUUGGAGCUAUAGCCACUGGGAAUGGGCGGCAAGGAAGAGGGGGAGAAGAGGAUUUAGAAGGAAGAUAAAGAGAGGACCAAAUCGAUUGCUCUCAACUGGUUACUCACACCUGAUGAACAAGACCAUAGCAACGAAGGUGAAGAUGAAAAAGAAGAAAAAGGAGAAUCAAAGGACGACGAUCCUUCAUUCCACUUAAUAUUCCCCUUUGCCUCCUUUAGCUUCACCAUCUUCAUAGGCAUUUGGAGAAAUCUGAAAGCAUUAUCUAAACCAGCGUUCUUGGGCUAGAUGGAUAUGGCUUUUACUUGAAUAAAUCGAAGUCUGAAUGGUGGACUGAUUAUUCAACACAAACAAAUCCAUGGUUUAUUUCUAGAAACACACUAGAAAAAGAAGAAAUUCAAAAUGUUCUCUUUGUUCAUUUCAUGAAUAAGCUACAACAGUCGUCUCUUUCUUCCACAAUCAAUCUCAAUUCAAAUUAGUCCAUAAACAAAAAAUCUUGAUUCAGUUACCUGGUGACGCCUCUGUAAACAGAGCUUCUUCAUCCAUCGUUAAUGAUGGAAGAGCUUGAGCUUCAGGAAGAGCGCCAAAGUGUGUCAACCAACAACGAGAGAGGAGUGCUGACGAGAUCUAAUGAAAACCUGACCAGUAAGGAGAAGAUUGAAGGUGUGCUACAGGUGGAGAGAAGAGCGUCGCUAGCCACUGUGAAAGGGGAAAAGAGGUUUUGAGUGGCAAGAACUUUGAUUCCUUCUAUGAUUAGUUGCUAUGUGUGAGGAUUAGAUAUGGGGAUUUGAGUAAAUCUGUUCUUAGCACCAUGAUGGAGAUGAAGAUGGCUGUGAAUUUGGUUUGGGUUACUAACUUACUUUCAAUGGAGUAACAGCCUUUGAAGGCAGCAGCGGAAGCUAUUUCCACAGCAAGGGAGGGUUCUGAUGUAGUCAUGUCUACGAGAACUCCACUGAAGAUAGGUCUAGAGAGAGCACCAGAUUUGGGGUCUACUGGAAGGAGUGAACACACAUCAGAAGGGUAGUUGACGAUAGAGAAGACAUCAGACUGGGAAGCCAUUAUGUGAGGAUACUGAGCCACCUGAGCACCCAUUUUGAGUAGGGGUUGAGCUUUAGAAACAGUUCGAUUGAAGAUGCUGAGCACCAGAUUUGGGGUCCAGCUGGAUUUUUUGUUGGUUUUUUUUUAAUUCCAGGUGGAUGCCACCUGGCAGAUAGGGCAAAAUUGUUCUCUUUUUGAAUGGUCUGGGACAAAAUUGCUUUAAAAGAAAUUUAGGAUAUCAGGCGCUCCUUGAGAAAAAGUUCUAAGGCAUUUCUGCCCUUUAACUUUUUUUAUUUUUUGAGUGCUUGACUGAAGAAGAGUGUGGAUGUGAAUAUAUUCUGUCGGAGGUUUAUGCACAUGUACAACAUUAUAAAUUUUGGUAGCGCUCGGGUUUUUUGCCUUGUUAUGGUGUAGAGAACGCAAGAAACAGUUUAGCACAUUUUGGGGCUGUAAUUUUGUUAACAAAACAGUUGCUUUCUUAACUACUGUAGUGACUUGAGCUGAAGUCUAAUAGCUUUACUUAUACCACUUCAGUAGCUGUGCAUAUUUAUGACUUUAUUUAUUUAUUUAUUUUUUAUUGGAGUUAGUUGCUUUUACAAGUAUUGAAGGAUGCUAAUAAUCUUCAGUCGCAUUUAAAAAAUGGGGUACUUCCCCCUUUUCCUAGAAAUUGGAUUUUGUUCUUUUAAUAUAAACCUCAAAACUAAUAUAUAAUUUCGUUGCAAUUAAAUGCUUGGCUGUUAUCAUGAAGAUCAUUUAUAAUUUUAUAUGGUUUUCCCCAGAAUUUUCAUAGCCUUUUCUUUGUAUUUUAUUAUUCUGUAAAUGUGGUCUUGGUAUUUAUUACUUUUACUGUUUGAUAUGACGCUAAGUACUUGUUGAAAAUAAGUGCCCUGACUGAUCAUUUGCAAACCUUCUGUGGAAUAUGUGUUUUGAGAGAUCAUAAGAUAUGAAAAAAAUUCAAUGUUACCGGAUAUUAUUUGACGCCAUUGAGGUGAUUAUAGAUAUAAUAUUGGAGUUCACCCAGGUAUGGUGGGGUCGUUAUUUAUAGCUGGACUUGUCAAUUUGGAUCAUUUUGUUUCUGGUGAUUAGAGAUGCUAAUGGGAUUUGGUCCAGUGCCAAGACAUAUUUUUUUAAACUGGACUAGCAGGUGCUAGUAAAGACAAAAGGAAACUCAAGUAUGCUAGAAAUCAGUGGGACAGACCCCCACUAUAGUCAGACAAAAUGAGCGCCUCACAACCAGCAGGAAUAUCCUUAAGAAUGCCAAGACAUAUUUUAGAGAAAGAAUUGUGCGAAAGAAAAUGGUGAGCUGUGUGUGUGUGUGUGAGAGAGAGAGAGAGAGAGAGAGAGAGAGAAGGGAAAGGUCAGGGGAAUUGUAACUAACUCUGACAAGGGAAAAUAGGAUAGGGGAGUGUAGGAAGUAGGCAAUUGGUUGAGGAGAGUUUAGCCUCUUGAAUACUAGAACAAUUGUCUGAGAGUCCUUUCAAUAAUUCCUUUUAGCUGUCUGUGACUGAAACUCUUUAAUUUCUUGAGCUUUAUCCUUAUUCUUUGAUAGAGUACCAAUUCAUAAAGUCACGUGCACAGUAAAUUAGGGGCUUACGUGGAAAUUAAUUAUUCUGAUGUUAUUAUUUUAUUAAUAUUUAUUUUAGUGGUUUUAGUGAUUAGUUUAAGUGUUGCAUAAGUCUAGGAUAAAGCGGUGUCUGUUUUGAUUGUUUACUGAGUUAAGUAUUCAUUUUAAAUAUUUUCAUUAAACAUGUUUACUCUGUUGUUUUCCAUUUCUAAGUGAUGCGUUAGUGGUUUGAAGUGAAUCUCAGCUUUUGAAUAAUAAAAUAAUACCGAAUCACGGCUGGGUUCCAACAGUUGCUGGUUGAUUGAUAUAAUUUGUUGAGAAUGAAGCUUUGUUUUCCUCGAGUCUUAUGAAAGAGAAUUCGCUUCGUAUCUCAGCAUCAAAGGAAUAACUCUAGUCAAGUUUUAUGGAACACUUUGUUGCAUUCAUGUGAUAAAGACUGCACUACAAUUUCUUUUUUCCUCUCUUAUUGUAACUGGUGUUGAUAAGUUAUUUGCUGAGCUUGCACUUUCCUGCUUUACAAUUCCACUUCAUAUAUUGAAUUAUUCCUUACAUAUGCUUUGUAGUUACGUUCCAUUAGUUAAUCAUACCUGAAUGGUGAUUAGUCAUAACUGAAUGGUGACUUGUAAAUGGGUUUGCAUCAUUAAGUAGUUUUGUUUCUUCUCAUCUUUGAUAUCAAAGUAAUUUAACAACAUGAAGAUCAAGUUUUAAUGACAUUCUUAUGUUUUU